UCAAUCAACUCUUUAGCACUUUUCGCUAAUCAACCCAACUAUACAUAACUAAUCAUCAUGUCUUCCGGCGGUAAAGGUGGCAAGUCUGGUUCAGACGCCAAAUCUCAAUCUCGUUCUUCCAAGGCUGGUUUGCAAUUCCCAGUCGGUCGUAUCCACCGUCAUUUGCGCAAGGGAAACUACGCUCAACGUAUCGGUGCUGGUGCACCAGUUUACUUGGCUGCCGUUUUGGAAUACUUGGCUGCUGAAAUUUUGGAAUUGGCAGGUAACGCUGCUCGUGAUAACAAGAAAUCACGUAUCAUUCCCCGUCACUUGCAAUUGGCCAUCCGUAACGAUGACGAACUUUCCCGUUUGUUGGGUGGUGUUACCAUCAGUCAAGGUGGUGUCUUGCCAUUCAUCCAAUCUGAACUCUUGCCAGCCAAAUCUGGUAAGAAGGCAAAGGCCAGCCAAGAUUAAGCGGUUCCCUUUUGUCUGAUGCAACUUCGUGUUCACAAAUGCAAGAUCAUUUGGUAUAGGGGAAGGAUACGACGAUCAUCCUCUUUCUUUUCUCUCUUGUAGUAUCAUGUAUCCUUGUCCUUUGUGGAUGCUGUUGAUGUACUUGUGCCUGUGUAGUCUACCUAUCAUUCUUGUUUCUUGUUGUCAUUUACAAGAGGUAUUCUGCCGCCUUUAUCUGUAAUAUUACAUAUUCCACUGCCCC